AUGAUGCUUGCACUUCGCUCGGCCCCGAAAUCCUCCAAUUCCAACGAGACACUGACAGGGCACUGUACGCCCAAUAUACUCCCAUGUCGAAUUCACUACGACGGGCCCAUUGACGCUACUAAACGGCAUUGGCACAUCGUUAAGGAUGAGAAGGAAGACAAACAAACCUCUUACUUUCGUGGCCGCAAGUUGCAAGGCAGGCUCGUCCAGCUGCCGGAGGGCUAUGAAGGAGUAGUCGCAUCACCAACGGACCGUCUCGUUCCAGGUAACGGAAAUCGCAACAUAGAGAAUGAGCUGCUCGAAGAACCCGUCAAAAUUCUCGAAUCCCAGGCUACAUUUGACAAUUUUGUCGUUUGGGGUCACGAGAUCCCGCCUGCUGCCGAUGAUACUGUGAUGAAAGAACCUCCAUUGAUACUCUCACCGUCAUCCGUUAAUGAUUUCACGGGUCUGGCGGAUCUUCAUGGCAUUUGGGUCAAGAAUCCUUCCACCCUGGAAGCAGCUACGCUGCAAGUCAAUGAGCCUACUACAGGUACUACGACGAGAUACGCUAUCCCUCCAGGAUCAUCUUUUAUUAUAGGCAACCUAACAGCCAGCAAAUCAUAUUCAGAAUCCAAUGUUUCUCCCAUUUCGGGAUUACCGUCAACUGAAAAGUUCAAUAUCAUCCUCUUCGACCCUCCAUGGCCUAAUCGAUCUGUACGUCGGUCAUCACAGUAUCUUACCCAUGGCUACCUAGAGAUGGACUCAUUGGUAGCAACAAUGCAGCAAACUAUCCUAUCGCAUCUCAGAUUCGGAGAUGAAAGCGCAAUAGUAGGUAUAUGGACUACCAACAAUGCGAAAUCGCGUCAAGCUGCGUAUGAUGCUUUUUCGAGUACAGGUCUUGGGGUCAGCGAAAUUUGGGUUUGGAUCAAAACUACUGAGAAUGGCGAGCUGGUCUCGCCGUUGGGAGGACUAUGGCGGAAGCCAUAUGAAGUACUGUUUCUGGGAAGACCCAAGAAGAAUCCAGAAAAGGCACACAAAGGAGAACCUCUCAAGCGGGUUAUUGCCGCUGUACCUGAUGAGCAUUCGAGGAAACCGAACCUCAAAGAAAUGUUGGAAAUAUUGUUUUUUCGCGUCGAAGAGAAGGAGGUACGAGAUACCCCAAGAAAUAACAAACAAUACACCGCUCUGGAAGUUUUUGCUAGAAAUCUGACGGCCGGAUGGUGUGCUUGUGGAAACGAUGUCCUCAAAUUCAAUGCUGAUCAAUGGUGGUAUCAACCUUGA